GAGCGUGGGCGAAUAAUUGAUACUGCCCACUAUGGAUUCAUUCAACAACAUCGGUCGGAGUUGUACAUUUAUUAUAUUUAGAAACAAACUACAAAGAUGAUUAUCGAAGCACCGCUUUGCCAAAGAUGCUGCUUUUGCCUGCCUCUUCGAAGGGGUAUUAUCGCGUUCGGAUACUUUAAUAUUCUUUGGUCGACUUUAAUGACAGCGUUCAUGAUUUUCACGGACCAUACCAUUCUUCUUAUACACGGGACGGCGCAAGACUGGGGUGAACCUGCAGCUUAUAUUGCUAGAAUUAUGGAUAUAGUGUUAAGCGUGGUCUUAGUUAUUGGCGGCCAUAAGAAUUUGACAGUCUGCCUCAAAGUAUUCUUCUACUAUACAUGUUUAACAUUACUAGCCAUAUUCGUUAUCCAGAUAUAUGCCUUAACUAAAUUAUUUUACUACAAUUCAGCAAUUGAGACAGGGUUGUUCAUCAUCAGUACAAUUCUUCAUGUGUACCUACUACUGCAAAUAAACAGUUUAGUAAAUAAAAUAAACAAAACUGCAUCCGAAACUGGAUAUGAUAAUCAGUUGGGUGAACUUGGUGCGAAACACAUUGAAAUUAAAAAUGGUUCCACCGAUGCUACUGUACACAUCGAAUGAAGCAACGAGAAGUUAUUAUCAUCUGAAAUAUAAGUACAGUUUUUUUACGGUACACAUAUUUACUACUGCAACUCCCAAAGUCGUUUAAAACAUCUAAAAUUAAAAGAUUAUUUAGAGUCACAACCUAGCGCUGGUAUGUAAAAAAGAUUUGAAUUUGACUCAAGGGAGCGUUAAGUCUCCUUUAAAUUAAAAUUAAAUAAAAUAUUAUAAAAGUUUAACCUGUUCAAUUAAAAACCUUGACUUUAAUUAUUAAAUGUAUCUAAAACUGUAUCUACUCUUGUGGCUUUUUAACUAAAUAAAGAAAUACAUACUAAAAUUAAGGUUAUAUGGUAAGAAUAAAAGGAAAUUAAUGAGAUGGAAACUUAUUAAAAAAAUUAGCUUUUUCAAGUCUAGUGUUAAUUGCUUUUUCUACAGUAUUUACGGAAUUAUAAAUUAUUAAAACCGCAUAAUAUAAUACUUGUAUAUUAUAUAUUAAUGAAUAUGAAUAAAGGUAUUAUUUUUAUAAA